UCGAGACGCUAGUCUCGCUCGAGUUCGGCUCGUUGACAGCCCUCCGCUCAGACUCAUCUCUGUUUCUUCCCCACUUUCCUCCUCCCUUGGUGUUCUUUUUCUGGCUGCGACCACUGGGCCAGCGGCAGCGCCAUUCGUCACGAAUUCGCCCGGCCCUUUGCCGGCGAGGAGCAUCCACCAGGUGGAUUGUCUGAUCUGAUUCUUAGAAAAUUGGGUUGGACUCUACAUGUCAAGAAGGUAUGGCACCAGGAAGCAAGGCAGAGAGAAAAGCAGCAUUAGAUGCUGGGGCAUGGAUGUUCAAUGUUGUAACAUCAGUUGGUAUCAUCAUGGUCAACAAAGCCUUGAUGGCAACACAUGGUUUUAGUUUUGCUACAACACUGACUGGACUUCACUUUGCAACCACAACCUUGAUGACACAAGUAAUGAAAUGGCUUGGAUAUAUUCAGCCAUCCUAUUUGCCAUUACUGGAACUAGUAAAGUUUGUCUUUUUUGCAAACCUAUCCAUCGUUGGAAUGAAUGUUAGUUUGAUGUGGAACUCGGUUGGAUUCUAUCAGGUGAAGACAGUAACUUUGGUAUUUUGUCAGUAUAUGAUUCAAAAUGUAUGUAGUGAACUGUGUGUCUUGCUUUUUCAGAUUGCGAAGUUGUGUAUCAUUCCAGUUUUGUGCAUUCUGGAAAUCCUAUUUGACAAAGUCCGUUACUCGAGAGAUACAAAGCUCAGUAUAGUGCUUGUCCUGGUAGGGGUUGCUGUAUGUACUGUGACUGAUGUUAGUGUGAACUCUCAAGGGUUAUUAGCGGCAGUAAUAGCUGUUUGGAGCACAGCGCUACAACAGCAUUAUGUUCAUCACCUUCAGCGAAAGUACUCGCUCGGUUCAUUUAACCUCUUAGGUCAUACUGCUCCUGCUCAGGCAGCAUCACUGUUAGUAUUGGGCCCUUUUGUGGACUUCUGGCUGACCAACAAAAGAGUUGAUACUUUUAACUACACAUCAAUAGUUACGUUCUUCAUUGUGCUGUCAUGCAUAAUUGCUGUUGGCACCAACCUAAGCCAAUUCAUAUGCAUCGGAAGAUUCACAGCUGUCUCAUUCCAAGUUCUAGGCCACAUGAAGACGAUUCUCGUGUUGACCUUGGGGUUCCUUUUCUUUGGCAAAGAGGGCCUCAAUUUCCAUGUCGCCCUUGGCAUGCUUCUGGCUGUCAUCGGCAUGAUUUGGUAUGGGAAUGCGUCGUCGAAACCUGGAGGGAAAGAGCGCCAGGUUUACUCAACACCAAGUGAGAAAACUCAGAAGCACGGGAUACUGUCCUCGCAGUCUGAGCUUGAUCAGAAAGUUUGAAACGUGAACAGCAAAGCCAUAUUGUGCUUCUUGAGCGUUCAUCGGCCUAAUUUAUUCUUUUUAUACGUUUUUAGGGACAUGUUUCUAUAGAAUUGUAGGGCACAGCAGAAACAGAGUACCUGGGCAAAAAGCCCAAGGCUAUACUUUUGCAGCAAAUAUGUCAACAUCUGAGCUGGCAGAUACAUGUUAUGUAAUAGUCAUUCUGUGAUUGCAUGUUUUCGCUCUCAAUCUGGCAUGUUCAGUA